CAACAUGUCUGCAGUGAGAUUGGAAAGUCCAGAUGCCUGUGAACGUGUUGGUAUGGAAUCGUUCGGAUUAUCUGGUGAAGAAAAUACAACGCCAGACUCGAAGGAAAGUCCUCCUCGAUACACUAUUCAAGGUGUAUUGCAGUUUCUGCAGACCGAAUGGACGCGUUUAGAAAUGCAACGUUCUCAAUGGGAGGUGGAGCGGGCCGAACUGCAGGCACGAAUAGCAUUCCUUCAAGGCGAACGUCGGGGUCAAGAAAACCUGAAGCAAGACUUGGUGCGACGCAUCAAAAUGCUAGAAUAUGGUCUGAAGCAGGAACGGGUCAAAUUUCAUCAAUACAAAGCAUCGAUUGCUGCGGGAAGUUCUCUGCACUCUGCGCGACAACCUGAGAGUCAGGACUACAAUAAUCCGAUGCCAAAUACUAAGAGUGAACCAACCACUACGGAAUCUGUACUUGAACCUAGAGAAAAACUGGCCCAGUGUACAGAACAAACCUUGGAAAGCAGUGUAAAAUGGCGAGAAAGCCGAUUGCGUCUUAAGCAGUUUCUUCAAGAAGUUGGUUAUGCGGAUGCUGUAAUUAGUGUACGCGAAGCGCGUGUUCGUCAGUUAUUGCUAUCUGCUGCCGGUUGGCCAAAUGAACCUGACUCCCUUAUGGUUCUGGAUCCAAAGAUUAAGCAAAGUAUGCCGCCUUAUGAUAAAUUUAAAUCAAAAGCAGGGGAUAAUUCUGGACUUCAAGAUGAACAAGCAAAGAAUGCUCUUGCUGAAAUAGAAGAGGCGGUACGUUCAGCUCAAGAUUACCUCACGCCUGGCGAUAUAGGUUCUGGUAUUAGUAGUGAGUUGAGUGAUCAAUCUGCAGAGCCAGAUACAACUGGCAAUUCACUAGGAUGUGCAGAUAAUUCCGACUCUUUUGACAAUACAGGUUGGGUGAACAGGUUUCGUCGAACAAACGAUGCAUCUAAGCGCAGGCCACAAGACCAGUCAAGUUACGCUUCGGGAGAUGAGCAAAAUUCUAAAAACAUCAGUUCAAGUACCACAGUAUCAUCGUUUCUGAACAGUUUUGGAGAGAUCGGGAGUGCUGGACUGUCAAAGCGAUUUGGCCGUAAACAUGCGGCUGAUACAAAUAUUCUGGAUUUAAUAAAUGCGCUCUCGGAAAACGCUGAUGAUAAUGAUAACUUUUUAUCAGACUCUGCAUCUGACAUCAAUUCAACCGCUGCAGUUUGUCCCGGAGGUCCCCAAACUUCUAUUCCAAACAGUCAUAAGUCAUCGAAUUCUUUAUAUAAUGCGUCUCCUUGUUGGCAAACGGAUAUGCUAGAUACAACUGUCACGGAUACAACUGGUCAGCUUGGAUCAAAGAGUCGUUUGGAAUCUGGAAAAGAACCCGACCCAACAGAUACUCUUGGACUUGGAGAUUUGGCCGGUUUGACGGUAGCUAAUGAAGCUAGUUUGUUUUUAAAUGGUGAUAUUUAUGAUUCAAAUUUGCCUCAGAAGACCAAUUAUGAUUCAUCAGUACUGUCUGUUUCUGCUGGAAAUGAUGAUGCUCAUGUAGAUGUAGGAGGGAAUAUAUCAUCAUCAUCAUCAUCAACAUUCUCCUCUAGUCGUCGGUCAUGGACGCCAAGAUAUACACUACGUGGUCAUUUCGAUGGAAUCAGAAGUGUCGUAUUUCAUCCGACUGAGAGAGCUGUUUAUACUGCUGGCGAAGAUGGGUGUGUAAUGCUAUGGAAUUUAUUGAAAACUCCUGGUCCUUCUGGAACGUCAUCUGUGCUGCUUGAUCAAAUAUCAAACUUUGUAGAAUACCAAACAACUUAUCUUUUACUCUGUUUUUAUGCAUCUCUUUCUAUAGGCUGUUACAUUGGGAAGGGCAGUGUCAACUCUCAUUUAGGUUCAGUAGAUGAAUUAUCACCUGUUCAUGUUUAUUGUGGUCAUGAGGGUCCAGUUCUGUGUCUUACUACACCGAGUCCAUUGCUUUCUUCAACCAUGAGUACAGCUGUGUUUUCAGGUGGCCUAGAUGGAACCAUUCGGUCAUGGCGUCUACCAUUUGGAUCGAGUGAUUUUGGACUAAAAGACAUUUUUGCACCUCAUGAACUGGAAACAGUAACUGGUCCGGUGUUUGAAAAUUCAACAUCUCCUGUGUGGUCAAUCGCUUUACAUCCAUCUAGUCCCCUCUUACUUGCCGCUCAUGCAAAUGGUUCCCUUGACUUUUGGUCAACUGUGGAACCAUUUGAGGGCAGUUCGUCAGGUGCUCCAGUCCUUUCUGUUCACCUCGAUCGUAUUAUAAAACCUGCAAGCAGUGAACCUGAAUUUGGUCGCCUAACGUGCCUUCAUUUCUUGGUCAAUCGUCCAGAUUCCUUAAAUGCUUCUCAGUGUGUUGUCGGGACGAGUACCGGAUGGUUAGCUCUCAUAGACGUUCAAACUGGUCAAGUGGUUAAUCAAAUUGUCCCAGCCCCUCCUCUAGCCUGCCUCAGUGAUGACCAGCCCCCAAACAUGGCAAACAUACCGGUAUCAGAUGAGUACAGUAUGCCUCCUGGUUGGACAGAACGUGCACUAAAUGCCUUGGGUUCACAUAAGACGCUAUCUCUUGUUAUUGGUGCUCAUGAAGACCGAUGCAUUCGUUUUUACGACAUAAAUCGUAUGUCUGAUCGUUCAUCAGUCACAAACACAGCAUGUGUGGAUGCAAUGGUUACUCACUUGAAUGCAGUUACAAGCCUUGCCGUAGAUCCUCAUGGUUUAUAUUUAUUAACUGGAAGUCAUGAUGCUUCUAUCCGAGUUUGGGAUGUUGAAAGUCGUACGUGCAUUCAAGAAAUCACUAAUCAUGGUUUCAAGUAUGAUGAAUCAGUUCACUCAGUAGCUUUACAUCCUCAACUCCCUAUGGCAGCGAGUGCUGGAGCAGAUGCUGUCUGCAAGAUUUAUAUGAACUCCACAUGA